AUGAUACCUUCCAAUCCACGAGAUUGGACAUACGAACCGUCCGUGUGGCCGCCACCUGUAGCACCAACCAUCGCACUGGAAGCAGACGAUCCGCUGGAGCCGCUUCCCCCACAGGAGACACCUGAGCAGCCACCAACAGACCCGUCAUUGAGUGUGGGCGAAAGGCCGGAGCGGCUUCCUCCACAGGAUCCGCCUGCACAGCCGCCACCAGAUCCACCACCUGGGGCAGACGGGCUGCCGCCGGAGGUCCCAGACGACCAAGAAUAUUUCUGGGACCAGGACUUUUUACUUCCGGAAAGGCCGCCGGCGACACCUUCCAUUCCACCAGAUUGGACAUACGAACCGUCCGUGUGUCCGCCGCUUGUAGCACCAACCAUCGCACUGGAAGCUGACGAUCCACUAGAGCCGCUUUUCCCACAGGAGACCCCUGAGCAGCCUCCAACAGAUCCGCCAUCGGGUGUUGGCGAAAGGCCGGAUCCGCUUCCUCCACAGGAUCCGCCUGCACAACCGGCACCAGUUCCGCCACCUGGAGAAGGCGGGCUGCCGCCGGAGGUCCCAGACGACCAGGAAAAUUUAUGUGACCAGGACUUUUUACUUCCGGAAGAACCGCCGGCGACACCUUCCUUUCCACCAGAUGGGACAAACGAUCCGUCCGUGUGGCCGCCGCCUGAAACGCCACCAAUGCCACCGGAAGGUGACGGACUAUUUGAGCCGCUUCCCCCACAUGAGCCCCCUGAGCAGCCACCACCAGAUCCGCCCGCGGGUGCAGACGAACCGCCGGAGCCAACCAUCGCAACGGAAACAGACGAUCCGCUGGAGCCGCUUCCCCCACAGGAGACACCUGAGCAGCCGCCAACAGAUUUGCCAUCGGUCAUUGUCGAAAUGCCGGAUCCGCUUCCUCCACAGGAUCCGCCUGCGCAGCCAACACCAGAUCCGCCACCUGGAGCAGACGAGCUGCCACCGGAGGUCUCAGACGACGAAGAAUAUUUAUGUGACCAGGACUUUUUAUUUCCGGAAGAGCCGCCGGCGACGCCUUCCAUUCCACCAGAUGGGACAAGCGAUCCGUCCGUGUGGCCGCCGCCCAUGCCACCGGAAUUUGACGGACCGUUUGAGCCGCUUCCCCCACAGGACCCCCCUGAGCAGCCGCCAACAGAUCCGCCAUUGGGUGUGGGCGAAUCGCCGGAACCGCUUCCCCCACAUGAUCCGCCUGUACAGCCACCACCUGAAGCAGACAGACUACCGCCGGUGGUCCCAGACGACCAAAAAUGUUGUUGUGACCAGGACUUUUUACUUCCGGAAGAGCCGCCGGUGCCAACUUCCAUUCCACCAGAUGGGGCAUUCGAAAGGUCCGUGUGGCCGCCGCCUGUAGCGCCAAUCAUGCUACCGGAAGCGGACGGACUGCUGAAGUCGCUUCCCCCACAGGAGCCCCCUGCACAGCCGCCACCAGAUUCGCCACCUGUUGCGAACAAACCACUGGAGCUGCUUCCCCCACAGGACCCCCCUGCGCAACCGCCAUUAGAUCCGCCACCUGGAGCAGACAAUCCACCACCGGUGGUCCCUGACGACAAAGAAUGUGACCAGGACUUUUUACCUCCGGAAGAGCCGCCUGUGACACCUUCCAUUCCACCAAAUGGGACAUACGAACCAACCGUGUGGCCGUCGCCUGACGCGCCACCCAUGCCACUGGAAGCGGAUGGACCGCUGGAACCGCUUCCCCCGCAGGAUCCGCCUACACAGCCACCACCGGAUCCGCUACCUGUAGCAGAGAGACUAUCGCCGGAUGUGCCAGACGACGAAGAAUAUUUAUGUGACCAGGACUUUUUACUCCCGGAAGAGCCGCCGGCGACACCCGCUAUUCCACCAGAUGGGACAAACGAGACGCCCGUGUGGCCACCGCCUGGAGCGCCACCCGAACCGGAAGACCAGGUCUUGGACCACGAUGAACCGGAUGGUUGGCUUAUCUGUGGAAAGAACAGACAACUGUGA